GCCUGGUGAUGACAAGUCGCUGGCUGCUAUUAAGUUUGCUACUCUAUUUGGGUGGCCAAGAGGUCUCCUCGGGUGUGAUGGAUAAUUUUAACGAUGGCCUGAAAAUGGCUGGACAAAUGUUUGGCAUUAACACCGCCGCUGAUGUGGCCAAUUUGGUGGCCAAGGCCUUCUCCGGUCAAUCUAUGACAAACGUUCCCAACUUGGUAAGCUACGUGCAGAAAAGACUACAAGGGCCACCGAAUGAAGAGGAACCGGAAGAGGAUCAAUCGGAACAGGAGUCGGAAACAGAAAAUGCCCAGGAGGAGCCACCGGGGGAGGGCAGCAGCACGCGGAGACCACCUCCAUUGUCCUUUAAUUCCGGAGAUAUGUUCACCAAUAUGCUGAGGAUGGUGGGAUUUGAUACCCGCAGAAUAGGAGCACUAGCCCUGAAUGCCUUGAUUAUGAUUGCCCAGGCGAUUGGAAGUUCCCUGAUGCAAAUGACUCGCGGAGGAUCAAAGAUUGAUGCCUCGGAAUCCCUGUACGAACCCAGUGACCAGCGCCCGAGAUCCCUUUCCAUGGGCUCGCCCAUCGAUUGGUUUAUGCAGCGUUCCGAUAGGCAUAGCAAACGACUGAUUAGGGAUAUCAUGGAUCGGGAUCUGCCCGAAUACAUCGUUGAUAUGAUCGAGUCCAAGGAAAAACCAGAUGAGGGAAAGAAGGCCGGCUGUUUUAAACUUCUAAUGUGCAAAGGUAAACCCAUAAUUUGGGGAAUGCAGGAAUCGCUGAAGAAACGCCUGGCUGGAGAACCUGAAGAACCCGAGGAAACCUCUAGCUACUUCGACAAGAAAAUAUUCUUCAAGUAUUUGCCCAGUCUUCAAGAUUUUAGAGUUCAUAGUGCUAGCUGUGAAGCGAAAUAUCAUGAGGAGUGCCCCAAAAAUGCAACCACAGGAAGUUUUGAUUGACAACACUUUAUCUUUCAUUAAAUAAUGUAAUCGGAUAUAUUUUUCUUGGUUAAGGGUUGAGAGAGUUGAGUUAUGUUUUGAUACCAAAGAAACUAUUCGAAAGAUCAUUUUGUGUAUUCUAUAUCCAUCUUUUUCUUUAAAAAAAUGGUUAAAAUUAUUUAGUUAUUUAAGUGAAGGUUGUUUUGCUUGGAAAA